AUGCCGCUUGCAAAGUCUCUAACGAAGGUAUCCAAAAAGAUUGCUGGCUCCAGUGCCACUCUUCACGCUAAGGGCAGAAAGUUCAAGCAGCUCAGUAGGGCCACAGAGAGAGAGGCCAAGAUCCGGGCAAAGAAACAGAGACACAUGGAGCAGAAGAAUCACGAGUUACUUUUCUACUUGCACAUCCAGGAGAGCAUACAGAAUAGGCAAGAGGAGACGUUCACUAUGGAAGAUAUGAGGGAAAUUGUGACACUUUGGGUGUGUCGUGAUGAUGAAGAGCUCAAGGAGAUCGACAGGAACAGGAGACCUGGAAGACCCCUCACGAGUAAACAGCAGCUCUUGAAGGAGAAGAGAGCACACGAUGAGCAUGUGUUUGAGACGGGCAUCAGAACCCCGGACUUGAGAGAUAAAGACACGGUUAUCAACGUGAGAAACUGGAACGGCAACGUUGGCGCCAGUACUGCUUGGAAGUUCACUACGGUCCACAAGAACCCACUGGCGGUUCCUCAAACUGAAACUGAUAUGUCUUAG